AUGGCAGUCAAACAUCCCCUCCAGACUGUCAAGCGGGCGUCAAUCCCCUCAAUUCAACCCAAACGAACACAAGCCCGGCACGCCUCACUCCUCCGUCGUCCACACCGUCCCUACACCUUCACACAGCUCGUCACUCUCUCAGACGGCAGCACCUACACCUGCCGGACGACAUCUCCGGCACCAGUAUUUCGCAGCACGAAAGAUACGCGCAAUCACCCAUUAUGGCAGCCGAGUCUGGAUUCCUUGCGGAAUGUGGAGCAGGAUGAGGCAGGGCGGCUGAGGGCUUUCAGGGAGCGGUUUGGGAGGGGAUGGGACUUGGAUAGUGAGGUUGGUGGGGGGGAUGAGGGGGGCAGUUUGAUGGAUUUGAUUUCUGGGGGAACGUACAGUAAACCAGGGAGCAAGGAGAUGGCGUCACAAACGAAGGGGAAGAAGGGCAAGAAAUGAGGUGGGAAUUCGGUCAUGUGUGAAUAUGGAUGAACGUUGGAUUGGAGAAGGCGACCACCAUGGCCAGAAUAGGGCAAUUGGAGUUGUACAAAAUGGGGUAUGGGAAUAGUCGACGCACUUCUGGUGGUGUAUACAAUAUGUACAGAACACAGGUGUAUAUGGAGAUGCAUAGAGGCAUAAACAACGGCGUUGGGUCCAGAAAUGGGAUUGUACUAUGUACAACUACUAAACCGCAAGCAGCUGAAGGGUAUACCCCAAAUCAUCAGCUGAUAAUCAUUUCUCCCAUCAAAACUUAUGCCGAACUGCUAUUCAUGAAAGUUACCCCUCCGUUGAAUGGAUUAAUCGUC